AUGUCUGCCCAAAAGUACGAUGAUAGCAGGUUCACACGCCGGGCGUGUGUGACUGGUUUGGUCUUGUGUUGGUUUGUUGCUGUAGGCAGUAUCAUCGGAGGUGGACUAUGUCUCUACAAGGAGGUCCGCGAUGACGAUUCAAUCCGGAUCGACUUGUCCAACAGAUGGAGAGAACUUCUCCCUCUCGGACUGAACAUAUUCAUUACCCUACUCAACGAUAGCAUGGGAUACAUCCAUGCCGUUGCUCUCCGUUGGUCUCUCAUAAGAGAAGGGAGCCUAGACUUCAACUCGAACCUGCGUCUACUCACAUUCUCCAAGAAAAGUCCCCCAAACGGUUAUAUCCCCAACUUUCUCUACCUUUUCGGAAUCAUACUCGCCUACGGUGCUACAUCUGUCAUAUUCUUGAGCCUUAACCCCGAACUCGCCCGUCUGCUAGGCAAGUCCUACGAAAUCACCGACACAAGGGGUGUCCAUCUAAACGGCAUUGCUCUCAUUAUUCUCGGCUGCGGCUUUCUCCUCCAAGCCGCCGUUACCAACUGGGCCUUGGCGGGUACUAAGAUUCCCACAUGGAGCUCGAACCCGCUCAUCAUUGCGAACACGUGCAUGAAUCAUGAUACCGAACACUACCAGGUUAUGCCUCGCCAAGGCCGCUGUAUGAUGGGAGUUCACCUGGCAGGGAAUGACAUCAAGGCCAUCCGACCUACUCGAAAGCAAAGGCCAAUGAUUACAGCACAUCCCCAUGUCCGCCGUGUGUUGUAUCUCUUGUGGGCUCUUCCAAUCCUGAGCGGCGUUUGGGGAGGCGGUGUCUACGGUUACCUCUUACGUGGAAGUAAAAAUGGAAUCUUUGGGCGGUCAUGGAGUCUUCUCCCAGAGUUUCCACCUCACAUAGACGAGAACUGCCACACUAAGCAAUGUACUGACGGGACAUCAGUACUGAACCUGGGCUGGAGUACCUCCGGUGGUGCGGCUGGUACAACGGGUGGCGUCUUCCUCAUCAUUGCGAUCCAGUCUGUGGUCACACUCUCUCUUCACUGUGCCGAACUGAUCGUGAAUCUUUCACGGGACGAAGGCAUAUACAGGAAGCUGAUCGGACCAAGAGGCACCAACGGGCACUUCAACUCCGUCGUGGAAGCCUUCACCUCAUGGCAAACAAUUUUUUUGUUUACUCUCAAAUCCGGUGUUCACUGGAUGUUCGGUUUGGCUAUUAAUCUCCAAUUUCAGUUGGGGGUCAACAUGUACCCCUCACAAAUAUUUUACUUUGGUGGCCUAACUUUGGUGGCCGCCUUGUUUGGUUUGCUCCUGUCUUUGCAGCGCCCAUCAGGUUACUUGCCGCCAACAUACGGCCACAUCCAAACUAUCGCCGACAUUAUUGACGAAUGGGCGGAUUCUGGAUGCAUGUUUUGGGGUGAGAAGGGUCCACAUUACACCGGAACAAGCACCAAGCGGCUCAAACAACCCGAUCCAAACGUUGAGUACGGGGGAAUGAAGAAGGGCGACGGCCAAGGGAGUCACAGUGACGAUAUCACGGAGAUACCUCUUGAAACCUUCAGUCCAGCCAGUCUGGUAGCCUCACCACCAAUGGACCAGAGCUUUGGCUAUGUCUCUCCGGUUGUUCAGACACCUCCUUCGGCAAAUGCUGCCUGGGGCCAGCCGUGGCAACAACAGCAGGGUCAAUUCACGUAUGCCCAGUGGACUAAUCAAGAUCCACGGCACCAAUACCAGCACAGCCAGCAGCAUCAGACGAGCUACGACAGUCUCAACAGCAGGUUCUCGGGACAGACUGGGUAUUCGGGGUAUAGCAACCAGAGCACACAACCAUUCCUGCACAAUUAUAGGAGCUAUUAG